AUGGAACCAAAUACCUCUGGUAGGGAUACAGAUGAUCCUAUUAAGUUAGGUGAUGAAUUAAGAUACAAGGAAUUGACGGAGAGAAUGACAUCCAUGGAAUCUUCAAUGACUGAAAUGAAAGACAUGAUGAAAGAGAUGAUGGAUUCUAAAAAUGCUGGAAAAGAAAAAGGGAUUGAUGAGACCCUUAACAAGAAAGCUGAAGAGAUUUCCAUAGAAAAGCAGAAAAGGCAAGAUACACUAGAAGCCAAAGCUUCGAGAUUAAUUAAACAAGAACAGGCUAAGCAGAAGAAAAAAGAGGAUAUUGGCACUUCACAAAGGAGAAAGUCAACAAGAAAAGUUAGACAACUAAUCAUCACCCCUCCUAAAACCUCUGUUGGGUCUAUAAAAGGUGUAUCCUCUACUGAACCUAAACCAAAACCCUCACCACAAAAACCACCUCUCAAGAAACAAAAGAAACCAUCACCACCAUCACCAAUACAACCAACAGAUGCUGGUACCACAGAUGUAUCAGCAGAUGUUCCACAAACCGCUUCUUGUACAACUGUUGUAUCAGCAGAUGUUACCUAA